AUGACCACUCGCCGUCGCAGCCGUCGCAACCCGUCCCCGUCGCCCGAGCCGGCCGCGGAGGAGCAACCGCAGCAGCAGCAGCAGCAGCAGCAGCAGCAGGAGCAGGAGCAGCAGGCGAGGCCGACGACCACGACGACGGCAGCUGCUGGCGACAUGGACGUGGUGGAGCAGGCUCAAGUCAACGAGCCCACCCAGGGUGGUCAGAGCGAGGCACAGGAGCAGCAGCAGCAGCAGGAGGCCGUGGCCCAGGCGGGCGGUGACGACGACGCAGCCGGCAGCAGCGCUCCGGUGGCAGAGAUGCAGGUCACCGAGGAGACGAACAAUGAUGUUGGUCGGUAUGAUGAUGAUGAGGAGAACGGCGGCGAGUCGCGGAAGCGUGGUCGCGAUGACGAGGACAACGACGACGGCGAAAACGGCGGCGUCGAGGCCAGCGGCGAGGCCAACGGUGAGGGCCGGAGCGAGAAAAAGGCCAAGAACCUCGAGGGCGAGGCGGUGCCGGCAGGCGACGAUGCAGUUCGCCGUGGCGGUCGCCCGCCCAAGGGAGAGCGCAAGCCGCAGCCGCCGGCCGAGCCCACCCCGAUUCUCUUCCUCCGUCCAGUGCCCAAGACCGCGACCGACGACGAGAUCUCGGACGCAGUGGGCAAGUUUGCCCGUGUCCUCGGCGUCAACUUUCUCCGCAGGGGCCUCGCCUUUGUCGAGCUCGAGUCGAGCGCAGAAGUCGACCGCUUUGUUGACCUUGUUGGGCCCAACGGUUCGGAGAAGCUCAUUAUCGGCGGCCAGGUCAUCGAGGCCGAGCGCUCGCGGCGCUCGACGCUGCGCAAGGCCAAGGCCAAGAAGGAGUCGGCCAACGGCGACCGCGGUGGCGACCGCGCCAGUGAGCGUGGCGGCGACCGUGGCGGCGACCGUGGCGGCUACGGCGACCGUGGUGGCUACGGCGACCGCGGUGGCUACGGCGACCGCGGUGGCUACGGCGACCGCGGUGGCUACGGCGACCGCGGCGGCUACGGCGACCGUGGUGGCUACGGCGACCGUGGUGGCUACGGCGACCGUGGCUCGGGCGGCCUGAUGGAUCCGCCUGGCUCGUCGCGUGGCGGCGGCCGCCGGCUGCAGACAAGCAUCCUUCACGUUCGGGUCUCUGAGCUCCGGUACGACAUUGACGCGGACGUCAUCCACGCGCUCUUUUCGCGGGCCGGGCUUGUCGACAAGAUCUGCCUCUUUGAGCGGCGCGGCGAGGUGGCCGGCUUUGUGCAGAUGGCGUCUCCCGACGAGGCGUUUGAGGCCAUGGACCGCUUCGAUCGCAACGAAAUCUACAAGGGGUGCUGCUACCUCCGUGUGGAGCCGGCCAAGAAGAAGUCGAUCCAGAUCAAGCGCGACACGCGGAUGGAGGUCGACUACACCCGGCGCGGUUACGGCGGCGGCGGCGGCGGUGGCGGUGGCUUCCGUGGCCCGUCGCCACCCCCGCCUCCGCCGGCGCGUGGCCCGUCGCCGCCUCCGCCGGCGCGCGGCCCCUCUCCGCCGCCGCCGGCGAGUGCCGGCGGACGUGCCAACUCGACAGUGCUCGAGGUGCGGGGCGUGAGCUCGCAGACCGCGUACGACGACCUGUUCAACGUCAUUGGCGCGUUUGCCGACGUCCGUGCCAUCGCGCGUGACGGCGAGGCCUUUCUGGUCGACGUCGACACGCUGGCACAGGCCGAUGCGGUGCUGGAGUUCCUUGCGGGUGCACAUGGGCUUGGUGGGCGGCUGGACAUUGCUUGCGUGCCUGGUGACGCGCUCUCGCGGGCGGUGGAGCUCAAGGCGUACACCGAGCGCGACGGGCACCGGUUCAAGGGCGACUUUUCGCCGUCGCGGGUCGGCCCGGUUGUGCCGACCAUCUACAUUGACGCGCCCGGGUGCUCGCGCGACGAGGUCCGCGACGCGGUGACCGGGGUCAUCGGCGCCGACGGCGUUGUGUCGAUCGCCGACUCCCGCCGGGUCGACGAGUACGAUCUGACGCUCGCCAACCCGGGCCAGUCGCUCGAUGUUCUCGGCGCGCUCCACCGGACGCGGCUGGCCAACUCGACCCAGAGCGUGCACGUCGGCUUUGCUUGA